UCUAACUAGCUAGCUAAUCUAAUGGGCAUUUCAAAAGACAAUCUGUCUGAAAUAACUGUGGAAAGGGGAGAGCCAACUCUAGUUCCUCCUGCAGAGGAUACAAACAAGAAGGGUGCUUUCUAUUUCUUGUCAAACAUUGACAUCAAAUUUCAAGCCAAAGUACGUACCGUAUAUUGCUUCAAGCCAAGUGAUCAGAACCAAGGCGGUGGCGACGACGAGGUACUGGUGGGGGUGAUAAAGAAUGCCUUGUCGAAGGUUCUGGUUCACUACUACCCGGUGGCUGGUCGGCUGGCCAUGGAUUCGGAGGGGAGGCCGGUUGUGGAUUGCACCGGUGAAGGCGCUGUUUUUGUCGAGGCGAAAGCUGAUUGUAGUGUAGAAGAGAUAGGGAAUGAUACGGUGGCCAUGGAGAAGCUGGUCUACGAUACUCCUGAUGCCAAACACGUACUUGAAGUCCCACCGCUCGCAGCACAGGUGACGAAGUUUAAAAAUGGAGGAUUCGUUCUCGGGAUAUGCGUGAACCAUUUCGUAUUUGAUGGAGCUACAGCCAUGGACUUCAUCAACCACUGGGGUGAAAUUGCUCGGGGCUUCCCAUUGAAAGUUUCUCCAUUCCUGGACAGAAGCAUACUCAGAGCACGAAACCCGCCCCAGAUUGAGUUCCCUCACACUGAGUUUUCUGAGAUUGAAGAUAUAUCAAACACCAAUGACCUUUAUACCGAAGAAAUGGUUUAUGAAUCGUUCUCGUUUGACCUCGACAAACUUGAGAGACUGAAAACGGCAGCGACGAAAGACGGGGUUCUAGUCAAGUGCUCUACGUUCGAAGCCCUUUCUGCCUUUAUUUGGAGGAGCAGGACUCAAGCUCUGAAACUGCGCCAUGAUCAAAAGAUAAAAGUCCUCUUGGUCGUCGAUGGACGGUCGAAAUUUGAUCCGCCAUUACCAGAGCAUUACUUUGGCAAUGGCGUUGCGCUUACGAGUUCCCAUUCUACUGCAGGCGAACUAACAGAGAAACCGCUUUCAUUUGCAGUCCAACUAAUCCGAGAGGCAAUUCAAAGGGUCACAGACCAUUAUAUGAAGUCUGCUAUAGACUAUUUACAAGUAAACGGAGGUAAUCUAUCCAUGAAUGCAACACUUAUAAUCAGCUCUUGGACAAGGUUAUCUUUUGAAACCACGGAUUUCGGGUGGGGGCAGCCCUAUCUCGCAGGCCGCACAUCGUUGCCUGGGAAGGAACUAGCUCUAUUCCUCUCACAUCCGACAAACAAGAAAAGCAUUAAUGUGCUUAUAAGUUUUCCAACUUCUUCCAUGAAGAUCUUCCAAAAACUCAUGCACAUUUAGAGACGAGUAGUUGUACAACUAAAGGAUGGGGAAGGCAUGCUGCUUGGAAUAAUAAGGCUGGUGGAAGUGCAAAUCUUAUGUUCUUUGCUUC